GGGCACCGCGGACCCUGCGGAGUGUCCUGCUCUAGUGGCCACGCUGGGGCUGAGGCAGGGGAGGGGACGCAGGCGAUGGUGCCCGCGCUGCGUUACCUGGGCACUGCCUGCGGCUGGGCCCGCGGAGGUUCCCCCAGGGGCAUCCCCGCGGCGUGCGGGCCCGCGCUGGGCAGGCCGCGGCCGUUGUGCCAGGGUUCCCGCAGCGCCAGCACUAGCUCAUUUGAUGUAGUCGUUAUCGGUGGCGGAAUUGUGGGGCUUGCCUCUGCCAGAGCACUCAUCCUACGACAUCCAACACUUUCCAUUGGUGUUCUGGAAAAGGAGAAAGAAUUAGCUAUUCACCAGACUGGACAUAACAGUGGUGUCAUACAUAGUGGAAUUUAUUAUAAACCGGAAUCUCUAAAAGCUAAAUUAUGUGUACAGGGUGCAUCCCUCAUCUAUGAGUACUGUAACCAAAAGGGAAUUUCUUACAAGCAGUGUGGCAAGCUUAUAGUAGCUGUCGAACAAGAAGAAAUUCCCAGACUUCAGGCCCUUUAUGAGAGAGGCCUGCAGAAUGGUGUCCAGGGCCUGAGGCUGAUCCAGCAGGAGGAUAUAAAAAAGAAGGAGCCAUAUUGUAGGGGUCUAAUGGCUAUUGAUUGCCCAUAUACUGGCAUUGUGGACUAUCGUCGGGUGGCUUUGUCAUUUGCCCAGGAUUUUCAAGAUGCAGGUGGCUCUGUCUUGACCAAUUUUGAAGUAAAAGAUAUUGAAAUGGCUAGAGAAAGUCCUUCAAGAAGUGAAGAUGGGAUGAAAUAUCCAAUUGUUAUAAGGAAUACAAAGGGAGAGGAAGUUCAAUGUCAGUAUGUUGUGACAUGUGCAGGACUUUACUCAGACCGUAUUUCCGAGCUGAGUGGCUGCAGUCCCGAUCCUCAAAUUGUACCAUUCCGGGGGGAUUACUUGCUCUUGAAGCCAGAAAAAUGCUAUCUUGUGAAAGGAAAUAUUUAUCCGGUCCCAGAUAGCCGGUUUCCUUUCCUAGGAGUUCACUUCACACCAAGGAUGGACGGCAGUAUUUGGCUAGGGCCUAAUGCCGUUCUUGCCUUCAAACGAGAGGGCUACAAACCCUUUGACUUCAGUGCCCGAGAUAUUACGGAUGUAAUUACCAAGAGUGGUUUGAUUAAACUGGUGUCCCAGAAUUUCUCCUAUGGAGUCAGUGAGAUGUAUAAAGCCUGUUUUCUCAGUGCAACAGUGAAACACCUUCAGAAGUUUAUCCCUGAAAUUACUGUCCGUGAUAUACUUAGAGGUCCAGCUGGAGUAAGAGCCCAAGCUCUGGAUCAAGAUGGAAAUCUGGUAGACGAUUUUGUAUUUGAUGGAGGAGAUGGGGUUAUUGGAAAUCGCAUUCUUCACGUGAGAAAUGCACCUUCCCCUGCUGCUACUUCGUCCCUUGCAAUUUCUGGAAUGAUUGCAGAUGAAGUACAACAAAGAUUUAAACUGUAAAUAAUGAAAGGAGCUAGCUACGCAUUUUAAUCUCCACAUUCAGCAACAUCCACAAGAACAUACUAAUUGAAUUCUUUAAUUUUUAAAAAAUGGUUUGAAAGUAGCAUUUUUAGUUAUCUCAUUUAAUAACCACUGAAUUGUUAAACUGAUAUAACAGAGAAAUAAUUUUUUAAAGUUCAUGUUCUUUUACUUAGAGAAUAAAGAGAAAAGGUACAGUUGUACCUUUUCCUGAAUCCUUGACUUUUCUCUUUUUUUGUUUUUUUUGUUAAUCCUCAUCUGAGGAUAUUAUUUCCAUUGCUUUUCAGAGAGUGGAAGGGAGGAGAGUGGGGGAGAGAGGAGAGAGAGAAAGAGGAAGGAAACAUUGAUAUGAGAGAGACACAUUGAUUGGUUGCCUCCCACAUUCAACCCCGACUGAGCCGGGGAUAGAACCUGUAACCCAGGUACAUGCUCUUGACCGGGAAUUGAACCCACGACCCUUUGGUGUGUGGGCCAGUGCUCUAACCACUGAACGGUGCCAACCAGGACUUGACUCUUAAUUGACCUUGCCCUCACCAACCAUAAUCUAGAGAUUCAGUCUUUUGGAAUUUCUGUGAAUGAUGGCAUAAAAAUUUGCUUAUUCCCUUAAUUUUUUGGCUUUAUAGUAAGCUUUUUGGUCUCUUAUAGACAAGAAGAUAUAAUAUAUUGUAGGUUACAAAACUUUUAAUUUUUUUAAAAUAUAUUUUUAUUGAUUUCAGAGAGGAGGGAGAGGGAGAAAGAGAUAGAAACAUCAAUGAUGAGAGAGAAUCAUUGAUCGGCUGCCUCCUGCAUGCCCCCUACUGGGGAUUGAGCCCACAACCUAGGCAUGUGUCCUUCAGUCCGCAGGCCAAUGCUGUAUCCACUGAGCCAAACUGGUUAGGGCCAGAUCUUUUAAUUUUAAAGUCAGAAAAACUCAGAUUUAGAGCAAUAAUAUUUGUAUUUGGGAAUUCUUGAUUUAAAAUAGACAUGAAAUUUCACAUUUUAAAGUAGUUUGAGUAAAAUUCUAUCAAGCUAUAAUAUUUUCAGAGAAAUGCAAAGUCUUUUUUAUUCCCAGCUCUUUAUAACUGACUUGGUAUGGUGUCACCACUAAAUCUAAACAGCAGUACACUAUGAAUGGUUGUUGCCAACUUGUCAGUUUUUUCUGGUUGAGAAACUAAAAGAACAUAGAACUGAUAGGUUUUUAUGAGAGCAGUUUUAGAAUCCUGGCACUGAUAUACAGAACUCUGUGAUUUAAAAAUUAUUUACCUCUUACCUCUGCUCUUGAGUUACACCAAGGUUCUCAGAUGUUGGCCAAGAUCACUAGUGAUUCAUGCCGACUUGGUUUUUCAGGGAUCCUAUUUCUUCAUUUUUAGAAAAUACCUAACUUAGAGGCAUUCACUUUUGUAAACCGCAAAAGUGCCUUACAUUUAUGUGUGCUUCAUGAGUAUUUUAAAUUGUUGGCCAGUGCCAUACUGUAUAUAAUAUACUGCAUAUAUGUGUGUGGUAUCUAUUGAAAGGAUUCUUGUAAUUCAGAAAGUAGGAAAACAGAAGUAUAAAUGAAAAUAAGGCAGCCUAAUGAUUGGGGAAAUUUUUAUUACAGAACAACCAUGUAGGUGAGAUAUUUUCACCCUUUCCCUUACAUGUACUCUCUCAGGAUUAAUCAUGCCCUCUUUUGUUUUGUUUUUUCCUCUUAUCACUCCAAAGAUGUGUAAUGGAUGAGUUAGAAGUAUGUACAUUUUGGUUGAUAGAAAAAGCUUUUUUGUUUUUUUUCCUUUUCACUUCAAGCCUCUGUGAUUACAUUGAUUGAACUACCUCAUUCAUUAAUUUGAAAACGUACAUAACCGUCUGCUCAUGUUCAAGAAGUAACACAUCCAGGAAAAUAGACUAGGCAUUUAUUCAAAACUUGGAGUAAGCAUAUUGAAAGCAUUCAGAAACCAUUCACGGAAGAAACAAACCCUAGUGGUUCUUCAUAACAACUGAUUCCUCCAAGAAAUGUAGUACACAGGAUAUGUUUUUCUGUUCCAUAAUGAGACUGUUAAGAAAUGGGAAAUAUUACAAUUCUCUAUUUCAUCAACAGUAAGAUUGCAUAUGCACUAAGCUGUGAAAAACUGAAAUUACAAAAAUAACUGCCCUAAUUAAAGCAACCCUCAUUCCACAUGGGUCUGUACUAACCUGAAAAUACAAGUGAAAAAGUUAUUGAAAGAGUUUUGAAUGUGUAGGUUAUUCUGUUUGUAAAACAUAAGUUAUUGGUGUCAUUAGGGUUUUGUUGUGUAACAUGAAUGUAAUAUUUAAAAGUUUUGUGUAUUUCUGAGAGAAGAAAAUGUAUAUUAACAUUAAAAAAUAUUUUAAUGAG